AUGACAGUGGAAAAAUUACCGCCCAACGAAUUUAUAGUUAAGGUACGCAGAGGCCGUUUGGAUCGGCCAGUUUAUAUGAAGAGAAGAGCCGUUAUGAUAUUCAAUCAUGAUCAAAAAGAUAUUACUUUUUCAUACGAUAACUGCUGCACCAUAUUAAAAGCAAAGUUCAUAUCGCAAGUGCCUUGGUCACCACCACGAGGAUGCACACUACGAUUCAUGUCAGACAUUCGAAAUGAGGAGGAAAUGAUUUUGGAAUUUGAAGAUCACGGAAAGCUGAUAGAAGCAUACUCUAUUUUAAAGAGCAAAUAUUUAGAACGGUCGCAAUUUGUGUUCUCUAGUGAACUGCUCAGUGGUCGAGGCUUGCACACAACUACCGAGAAAAACGUAGCGGAAAGACUUGCUGACUCCGAAAUACCUUCAAUGAUUGUCGAAUCUCGACGAAGUCGCGUUAAAGACCGUGAGUUUUUUGUUAUAAAAGUUUUACUAACUAUUCUAAUGAAACCUAUUUGCAUCAAUUUCAUAAAAUUAGCAGUAACAACAGUGCUUAAUUGGACAGCUUAG